AUGUCCUUUAACGAACUUCAUAAAGCCACAGAACAAGCAUUGACAAAAGCUGUCGAUGACAUCUGUGAUGAAUUCUACAUCAGUGAUGAGAAACUACAAGAAUUGACUGAUUACUUCAUCGAACAGAUGGAAGAAGGUUUAAAUAAGCAAGAUGCUACCAGUUCGAAAGGUUUACCAAUGAUCCCUUCUUUUGUCACCGGUAUGCCAAAUGGUACUGAGAGAGGUGUCGUCUUGGCUGCUGAUUUAGGUGGUACCAACUUCAGAGUCUGUUCCGUUAAAUUAAAUGGUGACCAUACUUUCCAGUUGGAACAAAUGAAGUCAAAAAUCCCUGAUGAAUUGUUAGACGAUGAAUCCGUUACUUCAAAAGAUUUAUUCUCAUACCUUUCAAGAAGAACAAUGGCCUUCAUUAAGAAGUAUCAUCCAGAAUAUUUGGCUCCAAACUCAGAAAGUUUACCACCUUUGAAAUUGGGUUUCACUUUCUCGUAUCCAGUUAACCAAACUUCUUUGAAUUCCGGUUGCUUAAUCAGAUGGACUAAAGGUUUCAAGAUUGCUGACACUGUCGGUAAAGAUAUCGUCGAGUUGUAUCAAAAUGAAUUGAAUGCUCAAGGUUUACCAUUUGUUCACGUCGUUGCAAUGACUAAUGAUACUGUAGGUACUUUGUUAUCUCACUGUUACUGUUCCGAUAACACUGACUCUCUAACUUCUGGUGAUAUCACUGAAGUAGCAAUCGGUUGUAUCUACGGCACUGGUACUAACGGUUGUUACAUGGAAGAAAUUAAGAAUAUCAAGAAAUUGCCUGAAGAAGACAGAAAGAGACUAUUAGAUGAAGGUAAGACACAUAUGGUUAUUAACACUGAAUGGGGUUCAUUCGAUAAUAACUGUAAACACUUACCAACUACUAAAUAUGAUGUAGAAGUCGAUCAAAAAUCUUCUGCUAAUCCAGGUUUCCAUCUAUUUGAAAAGCGUGUCUCUGGUAUGUACUUGGGUGAAAUUUUAAGAUGCAUCUUGGUUGACUUACAUGAUCAAGGCGUCAUGUUCAACCAAUACAGAUCUUAUGAUCAAUUGCCUCAAAGAUUGAAGUCUCCAUUAGAAUUGUCUUCUGAAGUUUUAUCUCACAUUGAAAUUGAUGAUUCUAAAGAAUUGGCCGAAACUGAAUUGUCCUUAUUACAAUCUUUAAGAUUACCUACUACUUUUGCUGAACGUCACAGUAUCCAAAAGUUGGUUCGUGGCAUUUCUCACAGAUCUGCUUAUUUGGCAGCCAUUCCAAUUGCUGCCAUCUUGAAAAAAACCAAUGCUUUGAACAAGAGAUAUCAUGGUGAAGUUGAAAUUGGUUGUGAUGGUUCGGUUGUCGAAUACUAUCCAGGUUUCAGAUCAAUGAUGAGACAUGCCUUGGCUUUGUCUCCAAUUGGUGCUGAAGGUGAACGUAAGGUUCAUUUACGUAUCGCAAAAGAUGGUUCUGGUGUCGGUGCCGCCUUAUGUGCUUUGGUCGCAUAA